UAGCAAGCACUCAGUAUACAACCUAUAUAAACGACUCUCUCCCUUCUUUCACAGCCUUUGGAGAGUGGAAUAGAAGAAGAAACGAAAAUGGUGUCGGGUUCGGGGAUCUGCGCGAAGCGUGUGGUGGUGGAUGCGAGGCACCACAUGCUUGGCCGGCUGGCUUCAAUCGUCGCUAAGGAGCUCUUGAACGGGCAGAAGGUCGUCGUGGUGAGGUGCGAGGAGAUAUGCAUGUCAGGAGGGCUUGUGCGCCAGAAGAUGAAGUACUUGAGGUUCCUCCGCAAGCGAAUGAACACCAAGCCCUCUCAUGGCCCUAUUCACUUCCGCUCCCCCGCCAAGAUCUUCUGGCGCACCGUCCGCGGAAUGAUCCCACACAAGACAAAGCGUGGAGCUGCUGCUCUUGCACGAUUGAAGUCCUACGAGGGUAUUCCUCCUCCAUAUGACAAGAUGAAGAGGAUGGUCAUCCCUGAUGCUCUCAAGGUAUUGAGGCUUCAGAAGGGACACAAGUACUGCUUGUUGGGUCGCCUCUCAUCUGAGGUUGGUUGGAACCACUAUGACACCAUCAGGGAGCUUGAAAAGAAGAGAAAGGAGAGGUCUCAAGUGGUUUAUGAGAGGAAGAAACAGUUGAACAAACUUAGGCUGAAGGCUGAGAAAGCUGCAGAGGAGAAGCUUGGCUCACAGUUGGACAUUCUUGCAGCUGUUAAAUAUUGAUGUGGUUUUUUAUCAGUAGGUUGCAGCUUACAAUUUUGAGUAUUGUGUUUGACGAAAGUUGUUAUUUCCAUUGUAGACCAUAAAGUUGAAAAAUUUUUCAAGACACAAUUUGUUAUCUGGUUUUGUUAAAUUUAAGAUAUAUUGUAUUGCUGCCAGCAGUAUUUUCUCACUCUCAAGAUUCUGUUGUGUA